AUGACAGAGCCGGCCGAAGCAGAAGUCCAGGCCACCGCGAACCUGUCUCCAGUAUCGCCUGCGCCUGUUCACACGGCUGCCCCCCUCGUGGUGCCUGCGCUGCAGGACACCGUCGACACCAUCGACGCCAUGGUCGCUGCCGCCGCGACGCUCGCCGAACCAAACGGCGUGGCCAACGACGCCGUUCCUGUCGAUCCGGCCGUCCUCGGUGACGCUGCCCCAAGCGGCGAUGGAACCGCCGACGUAGUAGAUGAUGACAGCUUCAACGACCCGUACGGCGACGACAUCAACGACGCCGCCCCCGAAGCCACCGUGCCGCAGCCCCAGUCGGUAGCCGACAACGACGACUAUGCCAAGACGUUCGACUCUCCCAUCGAGCCGGAGGAAGGGGACGGACGGGACGCCGAGCAGAAUGUAUCAGAGCAGCUGGCAGAAUCCAACGUUGUAUCAGCUUCGCCGUCCGAUCACUUGACCGCCGAGCACGCAUCAGAACCUGUCCAUGACGCCGUCGCGCAUGUCCCAGCUGUCCCGACUGCCCAAGACGCCGCCGCUCCAACAGCGGAUGAGCAGGCGCCCCUAUCCGCAGCACAGCCGGACCCUGCCACCGGCCAGCUCGGUCUCACACUGCCGUCCGUCGGUCCCCAGGAGCAGGCCGGCACAUCGUCUGCGGUCCCGUCCGACGCCCCAGCGCAACACGACCCCGCAAAUUCGGAAACGCAAGAUCCCGGAGUUGACAUCCAACAGCUCAUGGCUGACCUGACAUCUCCUCCAGCCGCGCCCAGCGCCGAUGCGGCUUCGGCCAUGCCGCCUGCCGGUGUUGAGGCCGACCCGUCGGCGAGCUCUGCCCCCAUGACCCCGUCCACUGCCUUGCCCUCCUCUUCUUCUCUCCCACCGAGACCCCCUAUGCCGCUUCCAACGCCGCAGUCCUAUGGAGCCCAGCAGCCAGCCCAUUCGUCCACUCCGAGCGUCACCGCCGUGCCGUCUGCUUCCGCUCAGCCUUUGCCCCAUGCCACUGGUCCCCCGGGAUCGUCCACCGAUGGUCCGGCCAGUCUUCCAGCCCCUCCGGCCGGCGGCGUGAAUACUCAUUCUCUCCAUGCCCAAGCUGCUCUCGGACACCCAGGCGACGGUCGACAAGAGGGCGACUAUCAGCGGCAGUGGGACCAGUUCAUGGCCGACGAGCGCCAGUACAUGUCCGAGGCCAAAUGGGAUCGCUUCCCGGAGGGAUCCCGCAUCUUCAUUGGAAACCUCUCCAGCGACAAGGUCUCAAAGAGAGAUGUAUUCGAUGUCUUCCACAAAUACGGCAGGCUCGCUCAGAUUUCUUUGAAGUCCGCUUACGGGUUCGUCCAGUACCACACCGUGGAUGAGGGGCGCCUGGCGAUGGAGAACUUGCAGGGCAUCGAGAUCAAGGGCCGCCGCAUCCAUCUUGAGAUCUCUCGAGCUCAAGAAAAGUCCAAGAAGGAGCGAAACCGCAGCCCGGACAGAGGUAGGGGACGUCGAAGCGAUAAGCGAAAUCAAAAUCGCGACGACUAUCGGCCGGGACGCAACCAGUCACCCCGCCGCAGCGACUUCCACUCACGGGAAGAGGGAUACGGCCGAGACGGUGGGGCCUUCGAGCCGGGACGUGGGGGACGCGGUCGCUCGCGCUCUCCGGGGUACGGGCGAAACGAUCGUGACUCGUACCGGAGGCGCAGCCCUAGCCCAUAUGGGCGAUCUCGACGCGAGCCCGAACUGGACUUGCCUAGGAGGUACGGUCCCGAUGUCCCCGACGUUCAGAUCAUCAUGCAGCCCGACGUCAGCCGUGACUUUGCAACCUGGGUAGAGGGUGGCUUCAGAGCCAAGGGCCUCAAGACUGAGGUAAUGUAUAUUCAUCCACGGAUCCCCAAGGACCAGGUCAUCCAGCGGCAAGCCGCAGAGGGCGUGCACGGAGUCGUAGACUUGGAUAUGCGCGCACAGAGCCUCGGACGAAUCCCAGUGCAGGCCUUUGACCGGUCCGGCGGAGGCAACAACAUUCGAUUCGAUCAAUACGUGGAUCUGGACCCCGGCACGGCGGCCGAGGUCAUCGCGCGGGCCAAGUCAUCGGCGGCCCCCAGCUAUGGACAGGCGUACGGCGCGCCGUCUGGAUACGGGCAGCCAAAUCCCUAUGGCCCUCAGCAUCAGCACCCAGCGCACGCCGCCGGCUAUCCCGGUCCGCAGCAUGCCAACCCUUACCCGCCGCAGCAGCAGGGCCAGCCGGGCGCACCAGACAUUGCCAGCUUGAUGGGACAGGUCGAUAACGCCACACUGCAGCGUCUGCUGUCAUCGAUGCAAGGAGGGCAAGUGGCCGUCCCGGGCGCACCAGCAGGGUACGGGGUCAACCCGCCCGGCCCGCCUGCCAACCAACAGGUGGAUAUACAGGCCAUCCUGGGCAGCCUAGGUGGUCAGGCUCCCGCGCAGCCCGCUCCUCAUCAGGGGCAGUAUGGGGGUGCGUACGGCGCGCCGGCACCUGGCGCUCCCAACGGCGCGAACGCAAACGACCCUGCGGCUCAAGCACAGGUGCAAAACAUUAUGGCGCAGCUGGCGAGAUAUCGACAGUAG